AUGGCGGAAGAAGUGACCUACGCUGACCUGAAGUUCAAGACCAAGAAGCAGGAGGCCAACGGCAAAGCCUCUCCACUGGUCUCCCACCAUUGGCGGCUGGUGGCUGGAUCCCUUGGCAUCCUCUGCCUGGCCCUGCUGGGUGUUUCUGGAGCUCUGAGUUUCAAGGUUCUGCAGGCACACCAAGUCGCAAGAAGACAAAAUGAAAACCUGACCCAGCAGAGGGAGAUGGUGGAAAAUCUACUCACGACGCUGAAUGUCCUUCAAGAUCAGAAUCUAAACCUUUCCGAGACUCUGCAGCAGUUAUCAAACAACGGAGGCCACCGAUGCAACCCUUGCCCUGAGAGGUGGCUACAGCGAGGGGAGAGCUGCUACUUCUUUUCAAACAAGUGGAACUCCUGGGAAGGAAGCAAAGUUCAGUGCGCCGCUCUCGACUCCAGGCUUCUCAAGAUAGAGAGUAAGGAAGAGCUGGCUUUCAUGCUGGAGUCAGCACAGGUCUAUAACAUUUUCUGGAUUGGCUUGUUCCGCAGCAGAGCUGGUGGGCCUUGGUUGUGGGAGGACAACAGCACCUUCUCAAGUGACCUGUUUAAAAUUCCCGAAGACGGCUCCAGCAAUUACCCCAUCUGUGUGUCUAUCCAGGGUGGGAAUCUAAUCGCUUCUGAUUGUUUGGGGUACCGGUACUGCAUCUGUGAGAAAGUGGCAGCUCGAACAAAUCCUGACCAUAAUUAA